CUCUCAAGAUUCGUCAAGGAAGGCCCGGAAUAAACCCAUCGAAGGAUUACCCGAUAUUCAGCUCGCAAGGAUAAGAGAUCUAAUUGGUGUGUUUCUUAAAACAUUGUAAACCGUUGCUGAGACAGUGCAUUCGUGAAAAAAAUGUUGGGAGAACCAUUAGCCCCGAUGCCGUUAUCGUGGAUUAGUACAGCAGCAGUAUCCAACAGCAAUGUGACAGUGGUCGAUAGGGUUCCACCGGAAAUGUUGUACAUGGUGGAUGCGCACUGGUAUCAGUUUCCGCCACUCAAUCCAUUGUGGCACUCAAUACUCGGAUUUGCCAUCUUCGUACUCGCGUGUGUUUCAGUCUGUGGAAACGGAAUGGUCAUGUACAUUUUCACAACAACCAAGCCGCUUCGCACUCCAUCCAACAUGAUGAUCAUCAACUUGGCCUUUUCCGAUUUCCUCAUGAUGUUCACUAUGGGCCCACCAAUGAUAAUCAACUGCUACAACGAAACCUGGGUCUUCGGGCCAUUCGCAUGUGAAGUGUACGGAAUGCUGGGCUCAUUGUCCGGUUGCGUCUCGAUCUGGAGUAUGACAAUGAUCGCCUUCGACCGAUACAAUGUGAUAGUGAAGGGCCUUUCGGCUAAACCGAUGACCUUUAAUGGAUCGUUGCUGAAGAUUUUGUUCGUUUGGAUCAAUUCGCUGUUCUGGACUUUGGCUCCGAUGUUCGGAUGGAACCGAUACGUACCAGAAGGGAAUAUGACUGCCUGCGGUACGGACUAUCUUAGCCAAGAUAUUGUCAGCCGGUCCUACAUUAUGGUGUACUCGUUCUUUGUCUACUGGUUUCCGUUGCUAAUGAUCAUCUACUCCUACACAUUCAUUUUGAAGGCCGUUUCCGAGCAUGAGAAGAACAUGCGCGAACAAGCCAAAAAGAUGAACGUGUCAUCGCUCCGAUCAUCGGAUGCGGCCAAACAAAGCGCGGAAAUCAAACUGGCCAAGGUGGCCCUGGUUACCAUCUCGCUGUGGUUCAUGGCCUGGACUCCCUACCUCGUCAUCAACUAUGCCGGAAUCUUCAACACAGCGCCGAUUAGCCCACUGGCCACCAUCUGGGGGUCGCUGUUCGCCAAGGCCAACGCCGUGUACAAUCCCAUAGUCUACGGUAUCAGCCAUCCCAAGUAUCGUGCUGCCCUGUACCAGCGAUUCCCAUCACUGGCCUGCGCAACGGAGACACCAGCAGCAGCAGCCGGUGAUGACCAGUCUGUUGCAUCAGCGGGAACCGUUGCAUCGGAUCCUGCGAACAGUGCUUAAUUCGUAAUAGAUUUUUGUUGAUUAUUAGCCGAAGGCAAGACUCCGUAUUACCGACACUUGAGAUGUAUGAUAUAAGUUUGUUUUAAGAGAUCGUUGACGGACAAAAACAAGAAAUGACUUAGACAUGCAAUUAGGCUAAUAAUAAGAGAUUGUACCUACUGUUAAACAGUUUGUUGUAAUAAAUGUAAACAUUUACUAAUGAAACC